AAUGCUACGAAACAUACCACCGGCUUUGAUUCUCGUUUUCGUCCUCUGCUGCCCCCCCGUCCUCUUUUUCUCAGAUGCUGAGCGGGCAGGGCGCAAAGGCCGCCGCGAGCGCCCGUCUGGUGGCGGCGUUCCUGCCGCGCAUGUGCACAGACGGCGUGUGCCCCGCGUGGCGCCCGGGCGGGACUGUGGACCUCCACAACGUCGUCAUGGCGAGGUGUGUCGUUGGUCUCCCAGACGUGGACGUAGCACUGCUGGAUCGCCGUUUUCCAACGAUCUUGGGGGUGUCGUAGCACGCUGCGGCUGAAUUUGUGCGAUUACAGGGAGUUUUGUUCUUGACAUGGAAAGGAGGGGUGGGUGGCUAGGGGGGGGGCUCAGGGAGAGGAACGCUUCUGCUGUG